AUGGCUCAGGCUGAGAGAAUCAAGCUCAACGUUACGCCCCUCACGCCGGAGACAUUUCGACCAUUCGGUCAGGUUAUUGGGGCGACGGAAGAUGGGAAGCAGUUUGAUUCCACGGACGCCCAACUGGUGCUUGACAAGGGCACGCCAAGGUUCUACAUAAUGCGGAUUCCCAGGAGGGGCCUGUCAUUUGACAACAUUACAUUCCAUCAGGAUGUGACGCAAUGCUUGGGUGCUGUAACACAUAAGCCAUGGUACAUGGCUGUUGCCGCGCCUGGUGUGUCACCCUAUCCCAGCGAGGCGGACAUCAGUGUUUUUAGAGUGCCUCCCACAGUGUUUUUGAAACUUGAGUGUGGAACCUGGCAUGCUGGACCCUUGUUUGCAGAUUCGGAAUUUAUGGACUUCUACAACUUGGAACUGGCAGACACGAACAUCGUUGACCAUCACACACACAGAUAUGCCGAGGAUUGCAUAAGUUUCGAGAUUGGUGAAUAG